GCCCAAUCAGCUCAAGCCCAACGCAAAAAAUCGCAAAAGGUUUAUAUACAAAACCCUAGCCUCGAAAUCCGGCACGCGACUCUGAGUGCCUCCACUCUGUUUUUCUCUUCAGUGAAAUGGGGGCCAAAGAAAAGAAAGCCUUGAAGAGGAACUCAAAGAAAGCUUCUUUACAGUUAUCAAUCCAGAGUGACUCGAAAGAAGCUGCUGAUUUCUUGCCACUUGAGGGAGGGCCUGGGCUUAAGCUUCCUGAGGAAAAACUACCAGUAAAUAAAGCCACAGUUUUGUACAUUGGUCGGAUUCCACAUGGGUUCUAUGAAAAGGAAAUGCAAGCUUUCUUUGGCCAAUUUGGCGUAAUCAAGAGGUUAAGAAUUGCAAGGAAUAAAAAGACCGGCAAGUCAAAGCAUUUUGGCUUUCUUGAAUUUAAGGAUCCUGAGGUAGCAGAAGUUGUGGCUGAUACUAUGCAUGGUUAUCUCUUGUUUGAGCACCUUUUGCAAGUGCAUCUUAUUCCUCCAGAGCAUGUUCAUCCCAAAUUGUGGAAAGGUUUUAAUUAUCGAUACAAGCCAGUGGAUAGGGUUCAAUUGCAACGGAUGCAACAAAACAAGGAAAGAACUUUGGAAGAGCACAGCAAGUUGGUACAGAAAAUUUUAAAGCGUGACCAGAAGCGGCGCAAGAGGAUAAAAGAUGCUGGUAUCGAGUAUGAGUGCCCAGAAAUUGUGGGUAGUGCCCAGCCAACUCCAAAGAAGAUAAAGUUUGAUGAAGAAUAGGUGCUACCUUAUGGCACAAUAUCGGCACCAGAUUCCUCCAGGUUGAUUUGUCAUAUGAUAAAAAGUAAUAAAAUGAAGUUCUCUGGAGAUUGAACAAUUAACAACCAAGGCCGGCGGCAGACGGAGACUAUAGUUUAUAACCUUCCAGUUUUCUGGCUUUGGACAAACUAUAGAUUUUUUCCUACUGUAGCAUUUAGGAUUGUGUAAAUUAAGUUUCGUGAUUACAAAUUUAACUUCUUGGAUUGUAUAAAUUAUACUUUGACUACAAAUUUAACAUUGUUAAUGUCUGGUUCACUUGGAUUAUGCUUUUGAAAUACAAUCAUUUCCAUUUCUUUCCACAA